CGGAAGCAGCCGGAGACGGUCAUGAGCGCCGAAGAAGAGGGACCGAGUAUGACACAAACCCGAGGCUGAAUUAAAUCUGUUUCUGUGCUGGUUUUAACUGCGCGAGGGCAACUGUAAGUCCACGGGCAACGUGCUGUGGUGCACCGAUACGAUAUAAUUGUCAGGGAACAAGAAACCAGUAGAGGGUGUUCCUGCAGACUCCAGUCCACUUUGGUUGCCUCUGUUUUUCUACAGGCUUUGAGAAGGUUACUGCCUGCUCCUGGGUGGCAGUGAACCAACGUGAGUAGCUGAAGAGAUGGACCAGAACAACAGUAUACCAGCCUUCCAGGGGCUGGCCUCCCCUCAGGGCGCCAUGACCCCAGGCAUGCCAAUAUUCAGUCCCAUGAUGCCAUAUGGCUCAGGCCUGACACCUCAGCCGGUCCAGAACACCAACAGUCUGUCUAUACUGGAAGAACAGCAGAGGCAACAACAGCAGCAGCAACAGCAGGCGCAGCAGGCCAACACAGUUCACAUUAUAUCUCCAGGCCUGCCAGGAACAUCGGGGCAGACCCCUCAGCUUUUCCACUCCCAGACAGUAGCGGGCUCAACCACCACAGCACUACCAGGGAACACCCCGCUCUACAACACACCGCUGACUCCCAUGACCCCUAUCACACCGGCCACACCGGCCUCCGAGAGCUCGGGAAUAGUACCACAGCUACAAAACAUUGUAUCUACCGUGAAUCUGGGCUGUAAAUUGGACUUGAAGACCAUCGCCCUGAGAGCCAGGAAUGCAGAGUAUAACCCAAAGCGUUUUGCUGCGGUCAUCAUGAGAAUACGAGAACCCAGGACCACUGCCCUCAUCUUCAGCUCUGGGAAGAUGGUUUGCACUGGAGCCAAGAGUGAGGAGCAGUCAAGGUUAGCAGCCAGAAAGUACGCUCGUGUGGUGCAGAAGCUUGGUUUUCCUGCCAAGUUCCUGGACUUUAAGAUUCAGAACAUGGUGGGCAGCUGUGAUGUGAAGUUCCCCAUCCGGCUGGAGGGAUUAGUCCUUACCCAUCAGCAGUUUAGCAGUUAUGAGCCCGAGCUGUUUCCAGGGCUGAUUUACAGAAUGAUCAAACCCAGAAUCGUCCUGCUCAUCUUUGUUUCUGGGAAAGUUGUACUCACAGGUGCCAAGGUGAGAGCAGAGAUCUAUGAGGCAUUUGAAAACAUCUACCCCAUCCUCAAAGGCUUCCGCAAGACAACGUAGGACCUGUAGUUCCUUCUUUUACCCUCUCCCCAACCCCGUCUCUUUUAACUCAGAUUUUUUUUAAUUCACAUGGAAGUGUCCUCUAUAUGUUGACCUCUACAAAUGGACUGCUGUAAGGGCUGUUGUACAGGGAUGUGAUUAAGUCACUUUUUACUUUCCAGUGUUUCAGAUUUUUUGGAAAAACAAGCUUUUUAAAGGUCCUUUUUUCUGUGUUCUGAUCACGUGAUUGAGUAAGCUCACUCGUUUCCAUUUAUUUACAAGUGUUAACGCCCAGUUUGCCAGGCUUUCUUUUUGUUGUCCCCAUCAUAUCCCUGAUUGUACAUAAGGUUGUAAAGAAAAUGUAAAAAAUUGCUGACUGGAAAGAGAGGUGGUCUGACUGGGACUGUUUUUAUUUUCAGCAGUUUUAAAUAGUUUUGUACAUUGCAUUUUUAGUAAUUGUCCGCUUGGUCUCCCAGUUGUAUAAAGACAUGUUUGGGUCUGUCAGCGCCACAUUCCUAUUAAUAGUAUUUGCUAAGAUUUUAGUUUCCCAAGACUGUCUAUCCCAAACCAAACCAGUCUGCAUUUUCAGAGUUUUAUUCUUAUACUAUGUACACAGGUUCAGCGUAGUCCUAAUUUCAGAAAUACUGGAAGUAGAUUUCUCUUAAAAUUGAAAAAAUGUCAACAUGACACAAAGUAUAGUAGAGGCUUAAACAAUCUGCAGUCACAAGUUGGAUGCUCUUAAAUUUUGAAAUUACAGAGGUUAAACUAAACUGAUCCAGGUCCUGCUACUGAAGUUUUCACCAAGUUCUUGGUUGUUUCUUCAAAGUUUUUCAUUUCUGACACAUUUGUACUUAAAUCUGUGGCAGGGGUGGAGUCAGUCUAAAAAGAAGUUUGUAUGAAAUAGUUUGUGUUAUAAAUUCUGAAAUAAGUCUUUUAAUGGUUAUCUAUAUAUAUAAUUUCAGCAGUUAUGAAGUGAGUCCAACUGUAAAGGGAAGGAUGCUCUGCAACUUUUUGAACAUGACGCUUUGUCUUUUAAAAGCUAGACUAUCUUCACAUUCUGCAUCUUAAAUUCAUUAGCACUAAAAGAGUGUGAUGGCAGAUAGACUAUGCAUCAUGUUGCCAUGUUUGUUUUAAAGUUACCCUGUGCAUUUUAUUUGGCCAUUCAAAACUAUAUUUAAAAGUUUUCUUUUGAGAAAUAAUUUUUGAAGAUGGGCAAAUGUAAAUCUGUCUUGAUUGUCUAUGCUGUUUGCUCAGUCACACAUUUGGCCAAAAAGCUACAUUUAAAUUGAGUUUAGAUUUUGGGCACUUCUUGGUAUGUUUCAACUGGACACAUUCUUGAUAACAAUGUAAAAGUUAAGCCAAUUCAGGUUUUUGGAUUCACAAUGUAUUUGGUUUCACUAACUGUGUGUCUGCCACCUGACGUAUAAUGACAACACAGUGGUAAAGGAAAUGAGGUUAAAUACUGAACUACUCUUAGUAUUCAUUGAUUUCUCUGUGAUUCUGAGUUUAGCAGCAGCCAGGCAGAGAGGCCCUGUCACAUCGAAAUACAGUUCUUCUGAAAUUGUUAAUGUGCUGCACUGUGCAUUAAUAAAAAUGUACAUACUGA